ACAGCUUAGUCAACUCUGAGCGCUGGUACCAGCCACAUCGACAUGGAAAUGCUUGGGAGCGGAAAACUUGUUCAGCUACUAGUUGUGGCUUUACUGGCGACCUUGGCCUUGGCGGGGCCCCAAUGCGGUCGCCUCGAGGAGAAAUUAAUGUACACCACUGACCAAAAGACAGAGCCCUCCGAGAUGCCCUGGGUAGGCCUCCUGAUGGAAGACAUGGAUGACCACUACCAAAGGACAGGGUGCUCCGUGGUCAUCGUCAACGAACUGCACGUCCUCACCACUGCCACUUGCGUGAAGCGCUUCAGGACACGCUCCGGGGACACCAAGGCCGUGGCUCUUCUGGGUAUAUGGGACUCAAAUGUCUCGCCUGGGGAGGAGCUGGAAUGCAACUCGCUGGGCUUCUGUACGCCGGGACCGGUGCCUCGCCCUGUCACCAAGAUCACGGUGCACCCGAACUUCGACAAGGACACCGGCGAUCACAACCUGGCCGUCCUGCGCCUGUCGGAGCCCGUCAAGUGGAACAAUUGGAUCCAGCCGAUCUGCAUGGAGGGUGGCUCGGAGCCGGAGUCACUGAUCAACCGAAACCUGCACUUUUCAGGGUUCAACAACGACGACUCGCGCAAGGGCAAGGGAAUGGCCAUGACGGUCUCGAAGCAGAAGUGCAGGAAGCUGAUAGCCGACACAGAGUCCAUCCUGCCUCCUGAGUACCAGCUGUGCGGCUUCCCCUUGAAGCGAACCAAGUAUUUUCCGGGUGCUCCGCUCAUGGACGUCGAUGUUCAGCGCGAUGUGCCGCAGAGCUUCUACCUGGUCGCCUUGCUAGUAAGGAAUGUGGUUUCCAAUGAUGACACCACAACACAAAUCUAUCAGGAUGUGCGCCAAGCCCGCUCGUGGAUAAUGGAAACCACUGCGACGAAGUAGGCAGAUGCUACAACUCAUUGACACAUUGCACAAUGUCGUUCAUGAAUAUGUAUUUGCGAAUUUCUAAUAAAAUAUAUCUUCGAGGAA